AUGAUUGAUUCUAUAUUUUACCCUUUUCGCUUCUUUAUCUUCUCGCUAUCAUCAUACCACACACUCCACCGCACUAUUUGCAUAAAUUUCUAUUAUCCUUCUAUCCAUAUUGAUUUUUUUCUUUCUUUCUUUUUUGCAAUGUUCUAUUUCUUUUCUUUUUCUUACUUUAUCACUUUUCUCGUUUCGUUCUUUAUUUUCUUGUCUUUUAUCUAUUUUCGUUUUUUUCUUUAUUUUAUUCCCUUAAAAGUUUAUAGAAAAAGUUUUUCCUUCUGUCAUUCAUUUGCCUUUUUUCCUUCAAAUCUCUACUUUUUUUUUUCUACUUCUAAGAAUUUUUAUAAAUUUAUUCCUUCUUUUUUUCUGCUUCUUUCCUUUUUUUCCGUCUUCCUUUCUUCUGUUUUUUUUUUGUACUUUUUAAUUCUUAUUUUCUUUUUCUUCCUAUCAGACUCAUUUCUUUUUUAUUCCUUGUAUUUGACAUCAGUUUAUCCUUCGUUCGUUCCUUCCUUCCUUCUCAUAUUCAUCCUCCUCUAUCGUUUCUUUUCUUUUUAUCAGAAAGUCUCACCUUUUUUUUUAUCGGCGCUUUUUUUUCUUCUUAAGAGUUGA